AUGAUCCCAAUUGAAUCUGCUAUUCAUCAUAUACUUGAUGGGUUUCGGUACGAUAGAACGAGUGAGAGAGCUUUUUUCAAAUCAUCCCAUGGUCGCACGGUGAUUGCUAUGGAUAGUAAAUGUAGCGAACACAUUGGUAACUUCGAAUGUUACGAACAGACAUCUGGCAGUAAUCAGGUGGAGGACGAUUUUUUGGUGGUGUCCAAGAGAUGGUACUUCAACGAGCUGCGAUUUCACAGGUAUUCAUACCAAUCAAUACUUUUACUUUUAUUUUUGUUUAUCAUGACGCUCAUUUGGCGGUAA